UUUCAUUUUUCAUUACGUAUUUUAGGGGUAAAUAAAGAAACGAUUGGGUUAGACAGAGAUCUCAAUAUUACCUAGACAUAUAAUGGGUGAUUGGAACAUUGCUGAAAGUGACGAGGAGUGGGGGAUGUACAAUCCGCCAUUAAACGCGAAACAAAACGAACCAUACAUUUCAAAUAGACUUAUUCCUUUAUUUAAAGAGAUUGAUGAGAAGAAAGUGUUGCCGCUAAAUUUUAUGUGCGCAAGGAAAGGCAACGUCAGUAAAGAAACACCACAAAGCCAACUUCCUGUUGUUUCAUCAGCUCAACAUGUGAAUGAAGAGAGAAAUAAAUCUUUGAAAGAAAAUCCAGAUACAAACAAAUCGUUCGAAGCAUUCGAAUUUGAUGAAGCCAAUGAGAAACCUUCUUUAAAGAGAAAGACACCUGCAAGUGCAAAACGUGAAAAGAAAGGACAAGUGGCGACGAUGUAUAAUGUGAUGAACGAUCUUCUACGUAACAAAUCACGUGAUGAAUCAGAGACGAAUAAACCUGAUGAUGAAGCUAAGGAUUCGUAAAGGCCUCCAACCCCUUCCGUUCGUCCAAUAGAAGUUAAAGGUUCAUCAUUGUCGAGACAAGCAACUGUAUUGCUGUUUUAUUCCUUGGAAACUUUCCUAUGUUGCUGUUUCAGUUGGUGGAUAAAAUUCUUGACACAAAAGAAAUGACAAAUGGAUUACCAACUAGGACAUGUUGUGUAAUGUUGACCAAAAAAGGUUGUGAGAUACGCUGCUGCGUCUUAGACAUUUAAAUGAAACGAAAUGUUCGCGUUAAAUGUAUAAUACCAAGUUUCUGCAUGUGAUAAAAACACUGUUUAUUUAAACUUAUCACUGUGUGGAUUCAAAAUCAAUGUACUUUAUUAUCAAAAUUUUUUGCAAGAAAUAAAAUCGCAGCUACGCGGUUUUGCAGAAA